AUGUAACUACGGCGCCUUCUAGUGGACAGGCGCUGUCAGUGCAGGGGAGGACGUUUAGCAAACAGGCGGUAGGUGGAGGAGGAGAGGUUAUCACCGUGUUUCGCAGAGCACAGACCGGUGGUUCCAUCAGUCUGUGUCUGAAUAGCAGGCUGUUUCCUUACCAUCAAAACAUAAUGAAUAGACUAUCCGUGCCGCUGGCCUUCAUAUAACGCUUCUGAAAAUGCCAUAUGCGAGUUGCUCUGUGUUAGAAGAUGGCGGAGUCGGAUGGUGGCGAUUUGGCUUCGAAACAUUUACAGAACAGUAUGGCUAACAAGAACAGUACCCUGCGCUGUACUUUCUCGGCCCCAAGCCACAGUGCUACCCUUCUGCAAGGUUUGUCUGUUUUGCGAGCUCAGGGCCAACUACUUGACGUCGUGCUGGCUGUCAAUGAGGAGCGCUUCGAGGUCCACAAAGCAGUACUGGCCGCCUGUAGUGAUUACUUCAGAGCAAUGUUUACCGGUGGCAUGAGGGAGUCUAAUCAAGACACCAUUGAGUUGAAGGGUUUGUCUGCGCGUGGGCUGAAACACAUUAUCGAUUUUGCCUACAGUGCAGAAGUCACUUUAGACUUGGACUGUAUUCAGGAUGUCCUGGGUGCAGCUGUGUUUCUUCAGAUGGUCCCAGUCGUGGACCUCUGUGAGGAGUUCCUCAAGUCAGCGAUGAGCGUGGAGACCUGCCUGCACAUCGGCCAGAUGGCCACCACCUUCAGCCUGUCUUCCCUCAAGGAAUCGGUGGAUGCCUUCACCUUUCGUCACUUCCUCCAAAUUGCCGAGGAGGAGGACUUUCUGCACAUUCCCAUGGAGCGCCUCAUCUUCUUUCUGCAGAGUAACAAACUCAAGAACUGUAGCGAGAUUGACCUCUUCCACGCUGCCAUCAGGUGGCUCCAGUAUGAAGAGUCUCGCCGGGCUCAAGCCAGCAGUGUGCUCUGCCACGUGCGCUUCCCGCUCAUGCGCUCCUCAGAGCUGGUGGACAGUGUUCAGAAGGUGGACAUCAUGGUGGAGGAUGUGCUGUGUCGCCAGUAUCUUCUUGAGGCCUUCAAUUACCAGAUUCUUCCCUUCCGACAGCAUGAGAUGCAGUCCUCACGGACGCUCAUUCGUUCUGAUGUCAUGUCACUCAUCACCUUUGGUGGGACGCCCUACACUGACAAUGACCGCACCGUGAGCUCCAAGGUGUACUGUCUCCCUGACGUCACCUCCCGCCAGUUCAAAGAGCUGACAGAGAUGGAGACGGGGUGCAGCCAUGCUUGUGUUGCUGUACUUGACAACUUUGUGUAUGUUGUCGGUGGACAGCACUUACAGUACCGCAGUGGUGAAGGUGCAGUAGACAGCUGUUUCCGCUAUGACCCACAUUUGAACCAGUGGCUGCGCAUCCAACCCAUGCAGGAAGCUCGUAUCCAGUUUCAGCUCAACAUGCUGCAUGGACAGUUGUAUGCCACUGGAGGGCGUAAUCGAUCUGGCAGUCUGUCAUCUGUGGAGUGUUACUGCCCAACGAGGAAUGAGUGGACUUACGUGGAACCACUGAAACGCAGGAUUUGGGGUCAUGCAGGGACUCCCUGUGGACAAAAGCUGUAUGUCUCAGGGGGUUACGGGGUCUCUCUGGAUGACAAGAAAACUCUUCACUGCUAUGAUCCAGUAUCAGACCAGUGGGACUUCAGAGCUCCCAUGAAUGAACCCAGAGUGCUGCAUGCCAUGAUCAGCACCGGGGAUCGGGUUUAUGCUCUGGGCGGUCGCAUGGACCACGUGGACCGUUGUUUUGAUGUGUUGGCAGUCGAGUAUUACAUUCCAGAGAGCAACCAGUGGACCACUGUGAGUCCCAUGAGAGCGGGGCAGUCUGAGGCAGGCUGCUGCUUACUGGACCGGAAGAUCUAUGUCGUUGGAGGUUACAAUUGGCACCUGAACAAUGUCACAAGCAUCGUGCAGGUGUACAACACAGAGACAGAUGAGUGGGAAAGGGAUUUACAUUUCCCAGAAUCUUUUGCUGGCAUUGCCUGUACACCAAUUAUACUGCCACAAAUCACUACACAACGCUAACUGACUGACCUGCGACUGUGAAGAUUAUAUUUCAUGUGCUAUUUCUGCUGACCAACACAAGGUGUGAACAUUCUGUAAGCUGCUGUUGUAUGUGUGUGUGUGUGUUUGUGAGUGAGAAAACCUGCUAUACUAAGCAACAUUACAUUAUUGUCUAUUCUUUUUUGGGAAAGAUGUGUCUAAUGAAGGUUUUUUUUGUUGUUGACAUGUUUUUCUGAUACAGAAACAAGCUUUUGCAAUACAGGUGAUAAUAGGUUUUGACAGUUGGUAUCCACCAAGACAUUUUGAUACAUUCCAAUAGAAAGACCAAGAUGAUGUUCAGCAUAAUUUCCUGUUGACUUCAGUAACAGAUUGGUAGAUGUAUUGUUUCCAAGUUUUUGUGAUUUCAUAUUUGGAAAUAUAAGCUCACUGGUGAAUGACCUGGAAUGAAAUCAGUUCUCUUCCAGAAUAUCAUUAUCUAUUGUAAAUUUAAAAUGCUUUUCUUACAAAAAUAUUAAUAACUUGGCCAGUGAAAGUGUUAGUUUUACCUGUCAAGGGCUUAAGUUGACAGCAAUAAUAGGCUCUUUUGAUUUUAUUAUUUUAUCAGAGGUCAUGUCUCAUCAAAAUCUUGUUUUUGAAUGAAAGUCUUGAGUUAAAGUUUGCUGUGAAAAGAUAUUGACAUACUUGACCUUUAUAAUGUUGGACAUUUUGAUUGUAUUGUUGCAAUUUUUUAAAAUUUGUUUUAUUAAAACAUUCAAGUCAAUUGAUAAUCUAGCUGUUUUUCCAUGUUUAUCAAAUGUACUAAUCAACAAACCACAUAACAAUGCACAGUAAUGAUUGCACACAUGAACACUAGUAUUGAGUGCGUUUAAAAUUUUAUUUUCUUUUUUUCUUUUUUUUAUUGAUGCCACAUGUUUCCUGGGUGUAAACUAGAGUGUGGAUACCUGAACCAAGCCCGAUGGGCCAGAUUUGGGCAGAAGUGUAGAAAUUAUGUUCAGUUCUGUGCCGGGUUUGGACAUGUAUGCCAAACAUUAUAUACUAUAAGCUUGUUGGGUCGGGUGCCACACUCUCAGGCACUGGUCAGAUUCAGGCAGAAAUAUGCGGUCAACAUAACAAACCACUGUGGACCUCCUAAGGCAGCUACAUAAAUUAUUGUGUCUCCAUUGGAAUGUCAGUAUGUGCUGCUCUUUUUUGUUAAACAAGUGUUACGUCUUGCAUUCGGUACAUGCUUUUGUCCCAAAGCUACAGUGACAUGGUAACAACUACCUUGUAAAUGAUAAUUGUCUUUUAAAGUCAAGAUUUAACAUCUGAGUUAUUGCACAAACCCUGACAAAUACAUAAUUUUGAUGGAGAACACAUUCAAAACUACUUGUCAGUUGUAGCUGGUGCUGGCUUAUGUGUUUUUUAUUACUGCAUUGUAGCACUUUUCAACACAGUUUUUAUCAGACAUCUGAUUUUGCUGCUGAAGUAAAAAUAUACUUGAUGGA